ACAUAUCUACAUACGUACACAUAAUAGUACAAAAAUUUCAUAUAAACCUUGUCAGUUUUCUAAGAACCUGCUUUAUGUAUUCUUAUGGUGUGUCAAGUAUGAUACUGAUGCAAUCCAGGACAAGAACAAAAAUUUUGGUUUACUAUAUAACGUAUCAGUUCUGCCCGAGCAGCCGAGCUAAACGGGCGUGUGAAACAGUGCUCCGUAGAAAGUGCGGCAAGUGGGGAAGAGAAAACUACGAACGGUUACGCCUAUAGCCAAACGGUGGAAACCCAUGUCCUAUAUCAAGAAGACUAGCAAACCUACUAUGGAAAAUAUUCCACCGAUAAGAAUCAUAAACAAACAAGAACAAUAUUACAUACACAAAACAACAGAUACAUUAAAAACAAGUCAACCAACAAACCAAGGACAGGACUGCUCAGCCGCAAUAGAAGUUGACAUGGAAACCAAUAAAGAAACAACUCAACAAGAUGAAAGCUGGAAGGUGGCCAGCUACAAUAAAAAACGAAAAAUAACAGGUAAUCUAGAUACGGAAAAGCAGCGAUGGCUGCAAGAAUUGCCGCUAAGAAACUUCUUCAGCUCACUAACAGAAGAACCAGACGACAACCCAACAAGCAACACCAUAAUCCAAUCAACACACAUCACAAAACCACCAUCAAUAUUUGUUGAGGCGCAAAUAAUAGACCCGCUUAUCGACCAACUUAACAAUAUUGUUGGAAAGGAUGGCUACACACUAAAACAAACAAAACUAGAACAAAUAAAAAUCCAAACAAACACACCAGAAAAUUACAGAAAAGUUAUAAAAGAACUAAGGGGAAAAGACGCCAUAUACCACACGUACCAGCGCAAAACGGAAAGGAGCUACAAAGUAGUUAUAAGAGGACUGCGCCCAAAAAUUAACACAAGAAAACUAAGUGACGAAUUAGCAAAGAUGGGCCACCAAACAAGAACUAUAAACAAUAUUACAAGUCGAGCCAGCCAGGCACAAAAAAGACAUACCACAAUGCAUGAGGUGUCAACAAUAUGGACACACUAAAAACUACUGCAACAGGAACCCGGCGUAUGUCAAAUGCGCAGAAAAGCACCUAACAGCGAACUGCCCACACACGGGAAAAAUAAACGACGUAAAAUGUUACAGUUGCGGUGGAAAUCACCCAGCGUGUUACAAAGGCUGUCUAGAAAGAAAGCAACUUCAAGGUAAACUUUUUCCGCCGCUUCGUAACAGGACACACAACAAUUUCCACACGCAACAGGACAACACAGAACCUACGUCAACACCAAAUACACAGCACGCAAGGAACAAUAACCACACUAACACCAACACCGCUAGAAACUGAAGCUACGCGCAAGUAGUCAACCGGUCGUCACCCUUAGACAAUCAAGAACAGAACAACCACAGCAAGGACACUACAGAAAUCAAAGAGUUGAUAAAACACUCCAUAAAAAACACCGAAAUACUCACAAAAAUGAUAAGCGAACAAAACGAACUCCUCAGACAGCAAACAUAACAAAUAACAGUCAAAUUCAAUUACUUACUAACAUGAUGAGCAAAAAAUAAAAAUAGACACGCUUAAAAUAGCAGCCUGGAAUUCUAACGGCCUACAACAAAGGGCCCUAGAAACUAAAACGUUCCUGUACAGCAAUAACAUCGAUAUACUACUCGUCUCAGAAACACACCUCACAAUAAAAAGCUACAUAAAAAUACCGCACUACACCAUAUACGACACCAAGCAUCCCUCAGGGAAAGCACACGGAGGGACGGCAGUAGUAAUAAAAAACGACAUUAAA